AUGCAGAUUAGGAGUUUCUGGGUUUCUAAUCCCGAGUUAGGACAAAAGAAUGGUAAGGUUACAAAAUUCUCUGUAGCGGCACCGAGUUGUAAUUUGGUGGUGCUCACAUCGUGCCUUAGAGAACAUGUGAAAGCUUUCGCUCUAUGGUAUCCAUAUGAUACUAGCAAUCAUCCGGCGUACGAAAUAACGUACAUACAACAAGUGUCCGCCAUAUUAUUCGCUGCACUUCUGAACGUGAGCAAGGAUACCCUGGAAUCAACAACUGAUAGAGUUUCCCUUAUGCGACCUUCUACAACAUUAUUUCUAACGCGUGCCCAAGAAACGGAAGUCCAGAAACGUCUUAGAGAUUGUGUGAUCCAGCAUCAGAACACCCUGGAGACAGCUUUCUUAUUGCAAAACACCUUUUCUGAGCCGAUCUUUGCCCAGUUCAAUGUAUCACUUGUCAUUAUAUGCGCUACUGCUUUCCAACUUGUAUCGCAAACUGGUAACUUUGUCCGCCUGAUGUCAAUGGGCACUUAUUUGUUCAACAUGAUAUACCAAGUGUUCAUAUAUUGCUAUCAAGGCAACCAGUUCUCGUCUGAGAGUGAGGAGGUAGCCAAAGCAGCAUAUGAUAUGCCCUGGUACUCCUGCAGCGUGCGCACGCGCAGGUCUAUACUGAUAGUAAUGGUUCGAUGCCGUCGCGUUGCUAAGCUUACUGCUGGUGGCUUCACUACACUUUCUUUAACUACUUUUAUGGCAGUAAGAUCU